AUGGCCUUUGAGGAGCUUCUGGAUAAAGUUGGUGGCCUGGGGAAAUUCCAGAUGCUUCAGAUGGCUUUAACUUUUCCUUCUUACAUGACAGUAGUCUGUCACAUACUGUUGGAGAACUUCACUGCAGCCGUUCCUGGUCAUCGCUGCUGGAUCCACAUUCUUGAUAAUGCCACUGUCUCUGGUAAUGCCACUGGGAUCCUCAGCCCUGAUGUCCUCCUGAGAAUCUCCAUCCCACUGGACUCAAACUUCAAGCCAGAGAAAUGUCGUCGCUUCCUCCACCCCCAGUGGCAACUCCUUCACCUGAAUGGGACUUUCCCCAACAUGACUGACCUGGACACGGAGCCCUGUGUGGACGGCUGGGUGUAUGACCACAGCUUGUUCUCCUUCACCAUAGUGACUGAGUGGGACCUGGUAUGUGACCAUCAGUCACAGAAAUCAGUGGUUCAAUCCCUAUUCAUGGCUGGAAUGCUGGUGGGAAGCUUCAUUUAUGGCCAUCUCUCAGACAGGUUUGGGCGCAAAUUGAUCCUCAGGUGCUCUUUGCUCCAGCUCGCCAUCUCGGGGACCUGUGCAGCCUUUGCCCCCACCUUCCUCAUUUACUGCUCCUUACGCUUCUGGUCAGGCUGCUCUGCUGUGGCUGUCAUGUCAAAUAACAGUAUGCUCAUUGUAGAAUGGGUAAGGUCCCAGUCAAAAGCCAUGGUAAUAACACUGAUAGCCUGUGCCCUUAGUAUUGGACAGACGAUGCUGGGAGGACUGGCUUUUGUCUUUCGAGAGUGGCGCACCCUGCAGCUGGUGGUGUCUAUACCGUUCUUUGUCUUCUUUCUCUCCUCAAGGUGGCUGGUGGAAUCUGCUCGGUGGCUGAUUGUCACCAAUAAACCAGACGAGGGCUUAAAGGGACUUCGAAUAGUUGCACACAGAAAUGGAAUGAAGAAUGCUGAGGCAACCCUGAACAUGGAGGGUUUGAGAGCAGCCAUGCAGGAGCAGCUGGAGGCAGCACAGACCAAAACAACUGUGUUUGACUUGUUCCGCACAACCAACCUGCGUAAAAGGAUCUGUCUCCUGUCAUUUGUGAGAUUUGCAAACACAGUACCCUAUUAUGGUAUCUUUAUGAAUCUACAGCACUUUGGGAGCAAUAUAUUCCUGUCCCAGGUAAUCUUUGGAGCUCUCACUAUCUCAGCUCGAUGUCUUGCACUCCUAGUACUGAAUCACAUGGGCCGUCGACUAACCCAGAUGCUUUUCAUGUUCCUUGUGGGACUUUCCAUUUUGGCCAACAUGUUUGUGCCCCAAGAAAUGCAGACCCUACGUUUGACUUUGGCAAGUGUGGGAAUGGGCUGUGUUGCUGCUGCUGUCACCAGUAAUUCUGUCCAUAACGCUGAACUCAUGCCCACUCUCCUCAGAGCAAAAGCUUCAGGAUUAAGUAUGAUGGCUAGUAGGUGUGGGGCAGCACUGGCUCCUCUGCUGAUGACCCUAGUGGUGUAUCUACCCAGUUUACCCUGGAUCAUCUAUGGCGUGUGUCCUAUCCUUGCUGGUCUUCUCGUCUUUCUUCUACCUGAAACCAGGAAUAUGCCUCUGCUAGACACCAUCCAGGAUGUGGAAACUAACAAAAAACUCUCAAGAGAAGUAAAUGAAAAAGAUUGCUACAUAAAAGUGACAAAAUUUUAA